AUGUUUAAUACUGCAAACUGGAUGUUUCAAUACAGCUUUUGUGUUAUCAGCUUAAUUUAUCUUAUACCAAAUACUGAUGCCUAUACACGCGAAAUUGUGAAUGAUAAACCACCUCUGCAGGAAAGACCACCGUGGCUGCAGACCUGCAAGAGAUCCAAUCCCAAUGAGAAUAAAUGCUUCCGCCAGCUAUUUGAGGGCUGUUUCCCGGCACUGGCCGCCGGCAUACCAGAGAUUGGCGUAAAGGGCUUUGAGCCCUUGAGCAUUGAUCAGGUUUCGGUUUCGAAGGGCAGUGGAAAUUUAGUGUUGUCUGGCGGCUUUCAGAAUCUUGUCAUUCGUGGACCCUCGAAUGCGACAGUCAGGCGUGCUAACUUGGAUCUGUCGCGUCGUCAGCUGAACUUUGAGCUGGAAUUGCCACGUCUGCGUAUAAGGGCCAAAUACAAUCUAAAGGGUAAUAUACUGUUGUUGCCCUUGGUUGGAAGUGGAGAUGUAGCCAUGGCUUUAAAGAAUGUGCACACUGCCGUUUAUACAAAGAUAUCGCUGCACAAUGAGACCACAACUGGAGAUGAGAUAAUACACAUUGAUGAGAUGAAAGUUAGCUUUCAGGUGGGUGCAAUGCGGAUUCAUCUGAAGAAUUUGUUUAAUGGCAACGAGAUUUUGGCCGCUUCGAUAAACUCAUUCUUGAAUCAAAACGGUAAUGAGGUCAUUGCUGAAUUACGACCUGAUCUGGAGCUGGGACUGGCUGAUAUAUUCCAUGGUUUAUGGAACAAUGUCUUCUCCAAGAUGCCUACCAAGCUCUGGCUUGUCUGAAUGCUGCUCCUGUGAGAGAUUGUAUUAUAUACAUUAUUUAUUUUGAGUUAAUUUCAAUUAUUUUUAUUUUAUUUUAUUUUAUUAUUUCUA